UCAAUCUCUCUUACUAUUAUUUUUUCAUGAGAUUCAACAGAAUUUAUCGAUUCAUGUAAAAGAUCUGUAAAAUUCCUGCUGUGUAUGUUAAUGGUGUUUGAUUCCAAUACGACAUUUUCAAUGCUUCCAGUGUGUUCUGUGUUCACUUUGUAAAUACAUUCUCUGCCAUUUGUCUUCGCUUGCCAUCAACAUGUUAUUACUGUGUAAAUUUCAAUUAAAAAAAUUAGUCAAAAAAUCAAAACCCUAACAAAACUCUCUCUCUCUGUCUCUGGUUUCCCGCACCAGUUUCUUCUGAAUUACACGUUUCUUGAGUGACAUUGCAGGCUCGAGGCUUUCAUUUCCCGCGAUGGGUGGCAAUUCUUUCGUAUACCAUUUCCAUGGAUCAAUAUCAUGAGUGAUUAGAAAGUGUUUGAAUUCUUGCUUCUUGGGUAUGAUCAGGGUUUAGGGUUGGCGAUCAGGUUUGAUUUUCUUGUUAAUUUGUUAUUUUGAGAGGGUAUUCGUGUUCUGGUGAGUUGUUAUGGAUAGCGACGCAGAAGCAUUGGAUGAUCAAGGCUCAGGAUGGCUUGAAGUGAAGAAGAAGCACAGAAGCAGCUCAAAGUUCUCGGUGCAGAAUUGGGUCGGGGGAAUUUCUGGGAGGAGUUCUUCUACUUCUCAAUGUAGCCAGCCCUUCAUAAAUGAAAAAGGUGGAUCCUUGCCGGACAAACGUAGAUCGCAGUGUCCCAAAGGAGGGCGGAUAUUUUCUGCACAUGAAUCAGGUCGUGUUACAAAUUCUGAUCCAGUAUCAAAUGACAGUGGAAAAGGAUUCUGUAGCCCUGAUAAAGCUGUGGUUGAACAAGAUAUUAAGUCUCCAAGUCAACCUCAGUCUCAUGUUAUGAUUCCUAAUGGUAAAGAUAGUGGUGCUCAGGAGAUACCACAAAAAAAUAUGCCUCAUCUGGUUCACAAAAUCAAGUGGGGAGAUCUAGAGGAUGAUAUGUUGGAAAUGUACAAGGAUAAUAAAAGAGCCGAUAUAAAAUUUGGUGAUAAUAAUUUGGCGGUCAGUAUGAAGGAUGAGAUUACAGGCAAUGUACAUGUUUCCUCUUCUAAUAAUCUGGAAGAAAAAGGGUUGGCAGGGACAUCAUUAGACAUAAAUGGUUGCUUGAGCGAGUUGGCUAGCAAAAAUGAAAUAGUUGAAAAUAAUUGUAAAGAGGUUAAUGAAGUAUCUUCAGAACAUUUGGAUGUAUCGUUGGCUCAUGAGAAAAUGAUUAAUGUGGAUACUAAUAUUUCAAAUUGCAAGCAUCUACAUAGUGAAAAUAUAGAAUCUACAAAAUCUGGAGAAAAUGCUGGGUUAAUGAAACUUCAGGUGCCUUUUGUUGUAUCUGAGGUGGGAAAAACUCAAUCUCUUGAGGGUCCAUAUGCAAUUGGGGAUUCAAGCACAGCAAUGACAGUUGAACAUGGCGAGACCCUUUGGGAAAAGGGUGAACCUGUAACUCCAAAUGAGGCAGCUUCUGUUGGAAACAGUGGUGUUCAACAUGCUGCUGUAGCACAUAAUGAUGAAUCAGAAACCCAGAUUACUAAUCCUAUUGGAGAGGUUGACACAAGUGAAAGCAAAGAGAGGUUCAGGCAACGGCUUUGGUGCUUCCUAUUUGAGAAUCUUAAUAGAGCUGUUGAUGAACUUUAUCUUCUUUGUGAACUAGAAUGUGACGUAGAGCAAAUGAAAGAGGCCAUUAUUGUCCUUGACGAGGCAGCCUCUGACUUCAAAGAACUAAUUACUCGAGUGAAGGAAUUUGAGAAAGUGAAAAGGACUGUAUCUCAAUCAAUUGAUGAGCUGCCAAUCACUUUGAAGGCUGACCAUCGAAGGCCACAUUCGCUCUCAUGGGAGGUUCGUAGAAUGACGACUUCACCUCACAAGGCGGAGAUAUUAUCUUCUUCUUUGGAGGCUUUUAAGAAAAUUCAGCAAGAAAGAGCUAGUUUGAAGAUUACUAAUGAUGCAAAAGCUCUGGUGCUGGCGUGCUCUAGUGGCCAUCAGAUUUCUGCUGAUCAUCUAAAAUCAACUGACACCAUGGAUGUUAUACCCAAUGUUACUUUCUUAAGAACAGAGUCACAUAAACAGAGUGGAAGUAUACAUCUCACUCAAGGGAAUCUGACUGGAGAGAGGCCAAAUACUAAAUCAGGCAAGUUAAGUUGUGAUCAGCAGAGCUCAGCUUUCUCUAAUGUUAACUUAUCCAAGUCCCCACUUAAGGAUGAUUCUGCUACGUAUGGGGUUGGCAAGAGUAAGAGAGAACAUGUUAGUUCUGUUAUUGCAGAAAAAGAGAAGCUUAUUACUAAGAAAGAUAAAAUACAUACAGAAAAGACUACUGAGAAAAUUCUUAAAUCCACAGAUCACUUGAGGAGACAAAUUCCUUUUCCUGAGAAAGAUAAGGGAAGGAUAAAUUCUACAUUAUGGAAAUCAUUGGACGCUUGGAAGGAGAAAAGGAACUGGGAGGACAUCCUUUCAUCGCCUUUCCGCGUCUCCUCCCGCCUAUCUCAUUCGCCAGGCAUGGGCAGAAAAAGUUCUGAGCGUGCACGUACUUUGCGUGAUAAACUAAUGUCACCUGAGAAAAAGAAAAAAACUGCUUUGGAUUUGAAGAAAGAAGCUGAAGAAAGGCAUGCACGGGCAUUGAAGAUAAGAAGUGAGUUGGAAAAUGAAAGAGUUCAGAAACUUCAACGUACCUCUGAAAAAUUAAAUCGCGUCAACGAGUGGCAGGCUGUCCGAAGUAUGAAGUUACGAGAAGGAAUGUAUGCUCGCCACCAGCGUAGUGAAUCACGGCACGAAGCUUAUUUGGCUCAAGUUGUAAGGAGAGCUGGUGAUGAGAGCAGUAAAGUUAAUGAGGUUCGUUUCAUUACUUCCUUGAAUGAAGAAAACAAGAAACUGAUGUUGCGCCAGAAACUUCAUGAUUCAAAAUUGCGGAGAGCUGAAAAACUUCAAGUGAUGAAAACUAAACAGAAAGAAGAUAUGGCUAGAGAGGAAGCUGUUUCUGAACGCAGAAAACUAAUUGAAGCUGAAAAGCUGCAACGGAUUGCUGACAUGCAGCGGAAAAAGGAAGAGGCUCAGGUUAGAAGAGAAGAAGAACGCAAAGCUUCGAGUGCAGCACGUGAGGCAAAGACCAUUGAGCAACUUCGGAGGAAGGAGGAAAGAGCCAGAGCCCAACAGGAGGAGGCUGAACUUCUGGCACAGAAGUUAGCUGAGAGACUUAGUGAAAGUGAGCAGCGUCGCAAGUUUUACCUUGAGCAAAUUCGGGAGAGAGCUUCAAUGGAUUUUCGGGAUCAAUCUUCACCUUUAGUGCGCCGGUUCUUGAAUAAGGAGGGUCAGGGACGAUUGACACCAACUAACAAUGGGGAGGAGUAUCAAGCAAAUGGUAUCACAGGAGCAGGGGAAUCUUCUCUUGCCACAGGCAGUGCCACAUUGCAACAUUCACUGAAGCGAAGAAUUAAAAGAAUUCGGCAACGACUUAUGGCUCUAAAAUAUGAAUAUCCUGAGAUUGGUGUGGAAAAUACUGGUAUUGGAUAUAGAACAGCACUUGGUGCUGCAAGAGCAAAAAUUGGGAAGUGGCUUCAGGAACUUCAAAGACUUAGGCAAGCACGUAAAGAAGGUGCUGCAAGCAUAGGACUAAUAAUUGCUGAAAUGAUUAAGUUCUUGGAAGGAAAGGACCCAGAACUCCAGGCUUCUCGACAAGCUGGUCUGAUUGAUUUUAUUGCUUCAGCCCUGCCUGCAUCUCAUACAUCUAAACCUGGAGGUUGGCAGGUGACAAUACACCUUUUAAAACUUCUAAGGGUAGUUCUGUCUUCACCUGCAAACAGAAGUUAUUUUCUCGCUCAGAAUCUUUUACCCCCCAUCAUUCCUAUGCUGUCAGCAGCCCUUGAGAAUUAUAUUAAGAUCGCUGCAUCUCUGAAUGUCCCUGGGAGCACCAGCUUGCCCUUGGGCAAGACAUCAAUUGAAAAUUUUGAAUCAAUCUCUGAAGUACUGGAUGGUUUUUUAUGGACUGUCACAACGAUUAUUGGUCAUGUACGCUCUGAUCAACGACAACUUGUAAUGAGGGAAAAUUUGGUGGAGCUGGUGAUUGCAUACCAAGUUAUUCAUCGAUUGCGUGACCUUUUUGCUCUCUAUGAUAGGCCUCAGGUGGAAGGAUCGCCAUUCCCUUCUUCUAUUCUCUUAGGUAUAUACUUGCUAGUGGUUUUGACUUCAAGAUGUGGAGGCAAUAGUCCUAUUGACUGGGAAUCUUCUCCCAUGAAGCAAUUGCUACAAAAUCAAAGCUCAGAUGCUAAAUUAGCAGAAUUUGCUGAUACUCGAGAUUGUGGAACUCAACACUCUGUAAAAAAUGAUGGCAUGGUUAUAUGCGCCCCAGAUUCAUCGGAUGGUAAAGCAUAUUAUAAAUCAUUGGAUAUGAGUGAAACUAAUGAAGUUGUAGCUGUUGGCAACAGUGGUGAGAGGAAUUCCACUAAAAGUUCAAUUGAGUUGAAUAACACUGUGGACAGGAGCAAUCUUCCAGAUGAAUCACAGAACAGACUGGUUGAAGAGAAUGGCAAGCAUGCAGUACAUAUUGAAUCAAAGCAAACAAAUGAUCCUCCAAUGACCUUGAAGCAACCAGCAGCAUUUCUUCUUUCAGCUGUAUCUGAAACUGGUCUAGUCAGUCUUCUUUCUCUGUUGACCGCGGUUCUCCUGCAGGCAAAUAAUAAAUCUUCUGAGCAGGCCUCAUGUAUCCUUCCGUCCAAUUUUGAAGAGGUGGCAACGGGAGUUCUGAAGGUUUUGAACAAUUUGGCCCUGUGGGAUAUUACAUUUAUUCAGAGAACGCUAGCUAGGCCAGACUUGAAAAUGGAGUUUUUUCACUUGAUGAGUUUCCUUCUUUCUCACUGCACCAGCAAAUGGAAAGUGGCUACGGAUCAGGUUGGUUUCCUUAUGCUUGAAUCUCUAUUGCUUCUUGGACACUUUGCUUUGUUCCAUCCUGAAAAUCAAGCUGUGCUUCGUUGGGGAAAGAGUCCAACCAUACUUCACAAGGUAUGUGAUCUACCCUUUGUGUUCUUCAGUGAUCCUGACUUAAUGCCAGUCCUGGCUGGCACUCUAGUUGCUGCCUGUUAUAGAUGUGAGCAGAACAAAGGCGUAGUUCAACAAGAACUCAAUGUCGAUAUGCUACUAUCCUUGCUGAAAUCUUGCAGAAAUGUUUUGCCAGAAGGUCGAUCAAACCCAACUCCAGAAAACUUACCGGCAGACGAUUCUGGUGAAUUUCAUCAGUAUGGUUCUGAAUCUCGAAAAUCUCAAGGGGACACCCCUUUAAGGUGCAGCCGUCACAAUGCCAGAGGCACAAGGGUUUCUCUUGGGAAAGGCACUCCUCUAGGAAACACGCUUAAAACUGGUAAAAUAAGAAGCCAAAGAGAGAGUAAAGCAGCAAAGACUUGUGAUGAAAUGACUCUCAACAGUCUAGUGGCUUCAGAAACUUCUACAAUGUUGCACUUCAGGUUCCCUUGUAGCUUCAUUGAUACAGCAGAGCAGUUCUUUUCAUUUGAAAUCUCUGAUUCGGGCAAGGUGAUAUGAGUUGAGUACCGAAUGAAUUGCACAUCUGCAUUGGUGUGCACCUAGCUUAUUGGAUUUUUUUUUGAAGGGGUACAUUCUGAUCCUUGUUCUCCACAGCAAGUUUUUGAUUCUAGCAGGAGUCGAAGGAUUUGACAGUGGCAGAAAUUGUUUGGGAACUGGCAGCUUCUGGCUCGUUGUCAGUGAUUGAUCAAGCGCGGAUUGACUGCAAACCAUUUGGGUCCCUAGCGGCCCUGCCUUUCAACUAUCAACAGAGGUCAAAUUAAUUCACCUGAGCAAAAUUGAAGGGUAAACUUCAGUAAUCUGAUGUUGGUUGAUUCUCAUGUUCGAAAACCAGAUACUGUCUAUAGGUAAGAAUCUGACCAUAAUCAUGAUGCUUACUGUUUGCUACAUUCCCCUUUUAGAUUAUUUCUCACAAUAAUGGAUACAUUAAUGAAGUUAGAUGGAUCAACUUUGUUGUUCCCAAUUCAUGAA